AAGAUUUCCCAAACUUUCGUCGGAGGAAAAAGAAAAACAACCCUAACGGCGGAGGAGAGAAUUUCUAGCGUAUGGCCCGCCGUUUAUUUGAAGUUUCUUAUUUUGCCUUAAAAACGAAGAAAUUUGCAUUUUGUUCCUGUGGCAUACUUUUGUUUGUUUUCUUGAAAACAUUUAAAGCCACCCGUUAAAUUAGUACACCCUUUCAGGUUGGAUACUUAAAGAAGAUUAUUUGAAGACUCAUUUUGGAAUCAAAUAGCAUGGAUCCCAGCAGUGACUACCAUUUCCUCAACCAGAUUUUGUGGAGAAGAGUGAAACUCACAUUGGUUUGUGGCAUCUUUGAGGGAGUGCUCCAGCAUGUGGACCCUAACAAGAUUGUUGUCCUGAAGAAAGUGAAGAAUGUGGAGACCGAUCGAAGUGUCCCAGGAGUGAAGAUGUUUUUUGGACACGAGAUUGUGAAUGUGGAACUACUGGAUGAAGAAGAACAAGGUGCAGUAAGAGAAAAGGCAUCUUCUGUUAGUCUAAAUACAGAAAGAAACAGGAUGGAUACAAUAAAAGAUGAAGACCUAAAUGUAUAUAAGCCUGCUUCUCCUGCAUGUGAGGCACCAACCACCUCUCUGCUAAAUGACCUCAAGUAUAGCCCAUCAGAGGAAGAGGAGGUGACAUACACAGUCGUUGAUCAGUUCCAGCAGAAAUUUGGUGCUGCAAUGCUCCACAUCAAGAAGCAAAGUGUCCUGAGUGUGGCAGCAGAAGGAGCUAAUGUGUGUCGUCAUGGGAGACUAUGUUGGCUUCAGGUGGCCACAAAUAGGCGAGUUUACUUAUUUGACAUUUUCCUUCUGGGAAGUCGUGCUUUCAGCAAUGGACUUCAGAUGGUAUUAGAAGACAAGAGAAUUUUGAAGGUUAUCCAUGAUUGUCGUUGGCUUUCAGAUUGCCUCUCUCAUCAGUAUGGAAUUUUGCUGAAUAAUGUCUUUGACACCCAGGUAGCAGAUGUCCUUCAAUUUUCCAUGGAAACAGGCGGCUUUCUUCCAAACUGCAUUAGUACUUUACAGGAGAGUUUAAUCAGACACCUUAAAAUAGCCCCUAAAUAUCUCUCCUUUCUGGAAGAGAGACAAAAACGGAUUCGGGAAAACCCAGAACUAUGGUUCACACGACCUAUUUCACCCUCUUUGCUAAAAAUUUUGGCCCUGGAAGCUACCUACCUGCUCCCCCUUCGCUUGGUACUCCUAAAUGAAAUGAUGUCUGAUCUAACUACCCUGGUGGACGGGUACCUAAACACCUACCAAAAAGGGUCUGCAGACUGGCUGGGAGGCAUGGAGCGUACAUGUAUGGAGCUCCCAGAGGAACUGCUUCAACUCAAGGACUUCCAGAGACAGCGCAGAGAGAGAGCUGCAAAAGAAUACAGAGUAAAUGCGCAGGGACUCCUAAUACGGACAGUACUACAUCCAAAGGAAUCUAUGACAGAGACAGCAGGGAAAGAGGGAAAAGUAAGAGGUUUCUUACUUGGUAAAAAUUCUAGGCUAGAUAAAGCUCCAAAUUUUACAUCUCUCAAGAAUGUAAAUUUGCUAAACGAAGAAUCUAAGAGUAAGCAAACCACAGCGGAACCUCAACAUCUACCUCCCAUAAAGGAAGAAGUCAGUGAAGAUUCCAGUAACAAACAAAUUUACCCUGAGUCAGAGGGGUUUAAGGACCAGAGAAUAACUCAAAAAGAAUACCUCAAGAUACCUAAACAAGAGUUUCAGACAAAUUUAUCUUUGAAAGAGGAGAUAGAACAGUUACUGAUGGUGGAAAACAAGGAAGAUCUAAAAUAUACAAAACAAGAUGUUUUAGUGUCUCCUUCCCUUCCUCAGGAAACCAGCGUGUCUCCAAGUGACAUUUUUCAUCCUUUUAGAAAAGCUGUGCUUCCCACACUUCCUCCCUGCCCAGCUUUGGAGAAGACUGAUUCCUGGAUAAAUCCAGAUUCUCCCAAUCUGCUUUAGAGAUCUGCAGUUUGUUCUUGAGGCCAAUAAAGGUGGCUUAUUUCCUCUGCCAUCAAGGCCUUCCUCAGUGCUUAAGUUUAUUGUGUUGUAAAUUAGUCACAGGCUUUGGGGGAAAUUAUAUCCUCUUGCUUACUCCUAUAUUCUUGGAAUUUGAUUAGGAUGGGAAUGAAUAAGUUAAAUAAUGGAAGAAGUAAAUGUUCUGAUUAUGUCACUGUGUAGAAAUGUUCCCUGUGGCCAGACUGAAUUAUUUCUCAUAAUUUGGGUUUAAAGGAUUUGAAGAAGGGAAAAAUUUUGGACUUAGUGUCUGGAAGAAUCUAUACUUUAAAUUUUUUGUUGUUUUUUCUGGUUUGAAGAGUGUUGGUAAAACUCUUAGCCGUAAGUUUAAAAAUAUUAGUACCUGACAACUUUACCUGUACUUUUUUCCUUUUUAGAAUAUUAACUUUGUCAAUUAUACCUCAAUAAAGACGAAAAAUAUUAACUUUAUUUUUGAAUUUAAAUGUUUGGUCUGUCUUAUGUCAUAGACAAACAAUAGUUUAUGUUAUUACAGGAAUCAAUAUCCCAGUUUUAAUUUCUUUUCAUUCCAUUUACUUUUAGAGAGUUUUGUCCAUUUCCCUAACAAAGCAGGGCCUUCUUUAGAGUAUGUCUAUUAUGUAAACUUGAAGUUUGAUUCCACUCUGUUUGCCUGGAGGUGGUAUGCCUUCUUAGGGUGAAAGGAAGGUAGCCUGUACUGAGCCCUUUUUAUGUUGAAUACUUGCAAGUUGCUCAUUCUUUUGUGUAUAAUAACCAGUAAACCUGUUUGGUAUUAGGUUAUCUCUCACUUUUCUUCAUUGGGUCAGGGUAGGAAUAAAUUGGAAUGUGUCUGGAUUUCUAGGUCUAGAAUCCAGUGAGAAAUCUGUAACUUUUUUUUUUUUUUUUUUUUUUUUUUGCGGUGCUGCACGUCCUGUGGGAUCCUAGUUCCCUGACCAGGGAUGGAACCUGGGCCACAUCAGUGAAAGCACCGAGCCCUAACCAUUGGACUGCCAGGGAAUUCCCUAGAAAUCUGUAAUUUGACUAUUAUACAGGCCUCUACUACUUAGGGGAGACAGGGGCAGUCUAUAAUUAGGAACAUCCUUAUCUGUGCUCAUUGAUUCUAUCAUGAGUACCACUGAAAGAACAGCUGUGUCUUCCAAAUCCCAGAGCCCAGAUCUGGUCUAAGCUUAAGAUGAAGGCAGGACUAAGAGCAGUCAGUUCAGCCCUGCAUUUGCUGUCCCUCACUUUGUCCAUAGUUUAGAAGGUCAUUGGAGGCCAAGGUGGUUUCUGGUUCAUCCUGGGUGAAUGUGUUUUCAGGUUGAGCCCAGAAAGUGGUUAAUCUAGUUUUACUCUGGAAAGGGCAAGAAUUUCUGUGAAAUUCAUAGAAUUGAUUUGGCUUCUUAUGGAACCAUACCACACACAAUUUUUAUACAUACAUACAUGUAAAUAUACAGGCUACAAAGAAAAAUGUGA